AUGAGUAGCGACGAUUUAAAGGAAGAGAAGAUUAUUAAUGAAGAAUAUAAAAUUUGGAAGAAGAAUACAUCGUUUUUGUAUGAUCUGAUUCUUACACAUGCCCUUGAAUGGCCAUCUCUCACUGUUGAAUGGUUACCAGAAAUUAGACAUUUUGAUCGUCAUACCUCCCAAAAGCUUAUCCUAGGAACCCACACUUCACAAUCUGAACAAAAUUAUCUUUUAUUGGCCGAUGUUGAAUUGCCAACCAAUAAUUCUGAUGUUGAUAUUAGAAAGUAUGAUACCAAUGGCGAUUCUGGAUCUCUAGGAACUAUCGGCAGAGGAAAGGUUGAAAUUACUCAACGUAUUAAUCAUGAAGGAGAAGUUAACAGAGCUCGUUAUAUGCCUCAACAAACUGAGUACAUUGCCACAAAGUCUGUCAAUGGACAAGUUUUAAUUUUCAAAUAUACCGAUUUUGAAAGUAUUCCUAAAACAACUCAAUGUACACCAACCUUAAGAUUGAAGGGUCACACACAAGAAGGAUAUGGCUUAUGUUGGAGUUACAAGAAGGAAGGUCUGAUAGCAAGUGGAAGUGAUGAUUGCAAAGUUUGUGUUUGGGAUAUUUUCGCUCAACAAAAUCAAAUUGAUAAGGGAUGUUUACAACCAUUGUUGACUAUGGAAGGACAUUCUGGUGUUGUUGAAGAUGUUGCUUGGCAUAGACUUCAUGAAUAUUUGCUGGGCUCAGUUUGUGACGACAAACAUGUUCGUAUCUUUGAUACUCGUUCACAAACUAGUACAAAAGCUGCCCAUACAGUUGAAGCUCACAAAGCUGAAGUUAAUUGUAUUGAUUUUUCACCAUACAGUGAAUAUGUUUUUGCAACUGGUUCUGCCGAUAAGACUGUUAAAUUGUGGGAUAUGAGAAACCUCAAAUCUGAACUCCACACUUUAGAAAGUCACACUGAUGAAGUUUUCUCUGUUUCUUGGUCUCCAUCUAAUGAAACUAUUUUGGCUUCUUGUGGUACUGAUAGAAGGGUUAUGAUCUGGGAUAUUUCAAGAAUUGGAAUGGAACAAUCACCUGAAGACUCAGAAGAUGGUCCUCCAGAACUUCUCUUUAUUCAUGGUGGUCACACAUCUAAAAUUUCUGACUUCUCUUGGAAUCCAAAUGAAGGAGGAGAAUGGACUAUUGCUUCUGUUGCAGAAGAUAACAUUCUUCAAAUUUGGCAACCUUCUGAUUCUAUUUACAUGGAAGAUGAUAAUGAAAAUGUUGCUGAUAAUGAACUUCAAUAA